AUGAUUGCGGCAUCUGAACCUUUGGAGUUUGUGCCGCACGGACGUACAGUACUAGCCAACCACCCUGGCAAAAUUUACAACAAUGGCCGCAACAAAUCGGCUUCAGAAAACUCCCUUCUUUAUAAGCUAACCAACUUUGGUAUAAAGGAUGACAGUGUAAUAGAAACAAAAGAAGAAGAAAAGGAGUGGUGGACUACUAGAGAAGUCUAUUAUAAGUCAAGAGAAAUUGAUGAUUCAGAAACCGAGAGUCCUAAAGAGACUAAGUCCCAAAAUGAAUCAUUCCGACCUCCCAGUCGUCUCAAAAACGAUUUUAACAUCUCUAUAAAGUCCGAAUUUAUGAGUGGAUUGAAAAAAAGAUGA